AGCUCUGACAGGGAGCCCGGCCACGGUCGCGCAGCGGAUCUGGCGGAGUGGGUCGCGGUCCCGAGCCCUCGCCUUCAGCCAGACCCACCUCUCCUGCCCCUGGAGGCGGGAAGGGCCUCCGAACUCUGGAAAGGAAAGGCGGUCAAGGGAGGCUGAGAGUCCCAGGGUGGGGUGGGAGGAAGGGGCUGUCUCAUCAUUUCACUCCCGUGCAGCCGCCAGUGCCGUCGUCCCUCAAGUUGCAGAGACCCUUAACGUCAGUUUACAAAGCUUUAGAGACACCACUACUGACACGGGCCCUGACGGCGCUAGGGACUGUUCUGUGGGCUUUACGGGAGCACAGCCUUGUGUUACGAAUGAAGAAACCUGUCUAGGGAGGAUGCUGUGAACACGGUCCCGCUGUUUCUGCUUUACAAACGAAAACGCUGGCUGAGAUGUUCGUUGCAAACGGGAGUAUGAUGAAAGCCAUGUGAUUACAGCCCUUCGAGUGAAAAAGAAAGGAAAUAAAUAUCUUGUCCCGGAGUCUGUGGAUCUGGAGUGUGUGAAGUACUGUGUGGUGUAUGAUAACAAUACCAGCACCAUGGAGAUGCCCUUAAAAGACAAAGACGACGACUCUGAUGAUUCUGAUCAAGAGAUGGCGCCUGGCGCUGCCAUUGAGUAUGGCAAGAUCCUGACCCACCUCACCCACCACCCCAUCUACAUCCUGAAAGGGGGCUACGAGCGCUUCUCAGCCCUGUAUCACUUCUUCCGGACCCAGAAGAUCAUCUGGAUGCCCCAGGAACUGGACGAAUUUCAGCCGUACCCUGUGGAAAUAAUACCAGGCAGGGUCUUCCUGGGCAAUUUCAGUCAAGCCUGUGACCCUAAAAUUCAAAAGGAUUUGAAAAUCAAAGCACACGUCAAUGUCUCCAUGGAGACGGGGCCUUUAUGGCUCCUCCAUUGUGAAGCCCCCGCAGCUCCCCCUGACUUUCCUCUGCCCCAGCUACGUGAUACCACGUGCAGAUCUUUCUCCCAACACCUCGCCAGUUGGAUUGGGGCCAGUUUUGUAGGUGACCCUGACAAGCUUCUGCACAUCCAGAUAGAAGACUCGCCGGAAGCCAAGAUUUCCCCCUUUUUUCGCCACCUCUGUCACUUCAUUGAAAUUCACCUCGAGCUCGGCUCUGUCAUCUUGAUCUUUUCCACCAGGGGAAUCAGUCGCAGCUGUGCGGCUACCGUGGCCUACCUCAUGCACCAGCACAAUCAGACCAUGAAGAGGUCCUGGGCCUACGUCAAGAAGUGCAAAAACAACAUGCGUCCAAACAGGGGCUUGGUGACUCAGCUUUUGGAAUGGGAGAAGAUCGUCCUUGGAAACCUAAUCACAGACAUCACGGAUCCUCUCUACUGAUCUUCUCCACAGCCCAGUGAUGGUUGCUGAAGAACUUUGCUUGGGGGCUUUUUGUGCAUGGAGGGCCAGAGUAUGUAUAUUCAGGUUGGUCUAGAAGAAGAAGGCCUUUGCUGCCUGAA